CUUUAUCGAUCUUGUACCACGUGACAUUUCCGCAGAACUGUCACUGUCACUCGUAAAAUAAAACUUAUUUUUUUGGAAAAAAUGAAUUCAAAUAAAGUCGUAAUUAAGUUAAAAAUUCGCAGAUACGACACAGCAUUCCCUGAAAUAACUGAAAAAAUUAUUGAAGUGGAUCCAGAUUUGGAAUAUAAUGCUUUAAAGAAGGAAAUUCAAGAUAUUUGUGAGGUCGGACCCGAGGAUAACAAAGUUAUCAAGCUGAGACGUGAUGAUGAGGUCUUGGUACCUCUCUCAUUUUUAUUGGAAUCAAAUGAUCCUGACAAAUACUUUUACAUUGAUAUAUGCAAGAUUAAUUAUGCUAAUAAGGCCACAGCCAGCCUCCUCCAAGACGCAUACAUCGAUUCCGUGUGCCAAAAACUACGCAAUAUGGAAUCACGGAUUGUCAAAGCCGAGUUGUUGCUACCACAGUUGGAGUGGAGGAGACAAGCACAUAUGGAAGAAACUGUCGAUUCAUUGUCAAAUAGGGUGUCUUUUCUGAACAGGAGAUUUGAUGAAUUGUUACCAGCUCAGUGGAGGUCAAAAAUGCCACAAACUAUGGCAUAAAUCCUUUUCUUCCAUCUUUAAAAAUUGAAAUGUAGGGGUUAGUUAUGCCUUAUACCUUUGGCACACGUUUGUGCUAUUUUGUGUGAUUUAAAGUUUGGCUGUUCUUCCUCGUUAUAGGUACAACUUCGAUCCAAUCUACUAUUCCUCGAAUUAGUGAUACAGUAAUUAUUUAUUAUUAAAAAAAUGCGGCCAGGCUGAGGCCGGAGCCUGUUAAUCCUGUAAUAAGAUAUUUAUAGUAUUGUUAGAAUAUAAGUUGGAGUCAUAACUAAUAAAUUUAAAGAAUUACCUAUAAA